AUGUUCUCCAGAUUAGCUCUGCGGCUGCCUGCACGGCUGCCUGCACGACGGGUAUCUACGACAUGUCCUCGCCAGUCGGAUGCUCUAUUUGUGCAUCGGGACACACCGUAUAACAACCCCAAGGCAUGCACAAAUCGACUAAGUGCAUUGAAACAGAUUGCAUUUGAAUUCAACGCCGACAAUCUGACACGAGCGAAAGCAAUUAUUGCUAGGUACCCGCCUCAGUACAAGAAGGCAGCAGUAAUACCCCUCCUGGACCUCGGACAGCGACAGAACAAAGGAUGGACGAGUAUCAGUGUCAUGAACUACGUGGCGAAGCUCCUCGAAAUGCCGCCUAUGCGGGUGUAUGAAGUUGCUACUUUCUACACCAUGUUCAACCGUGAACCUAUAGGUGAAAACUUUGUUCAAGUUUGCACGACGACUCCUUGUAUGCUGCGUGGUUCAACAGACAUCCUGAAUACCGUAUGCAACCAUCUCGGAGGCAUACAUCCUGGCCAGACGACGAAGGAUGGCAAGUUCACGGUGGUCGAAGUGGAAUGUCAGGGCGCCUGUAGCAACGCACCAAUGAUGGUCGUCGGCGAUGAUUUCUACGAGGACUUGACUCCCGAAUCCACCAAACGUAUUUUAGAUGCUUUCGCAAAAGGUGAAAAGCCGAAAACUGGUCCUCAGAGCGGGCGCCAAACGAGUGAGAAUUCGGCGGGUCUAACAGCGCUUACUACAAAGCCAUAUGGUCCUGGAGAAUUCUGUAGCCCAGAAUUCCAAUGAAUGUCUAGGAAUGAUUAAUAUAUAUGUCAAGUCCUAAACAUCCUUCUGUUGCGUGAUUUCAUGUCAAUAUUUUGAACGCCGUUGUCAAGGCAUUGGUAUCUUAAUCAUCUCCUUCGCCAUCGUCG